AUGCCCUGGAAAAGUCGCUGGAACGUGGAUAUACCACAGGUCUCUUUACCUACCUAUGUCUUUGGAUCGCCUUCUGCUGCUCUGCCAGAAACUCCUCUCUACUUCGACGCAGAGAAGCCAGACAGAUACCAUCUAUCAGCAUCGGAUCUAAGGCAAUGGUGCAAGCGAUUCGCAGCUGGUCUUCAGAAAGCCGGUUUAAAGCCUGGUGAUCGCGUGCUACUUUUCUCAGGAAACACACUCUUCUUCCCAGUGGUCUUCCUUGGUACCAUCAUGGCUGGAGGUGUAUUCACUGGUGCCAAUCCUACUUAUGUGGCUCGUGAGCUGGCAUACCAAUUGCAAGACUCUGGAGCCAGGUUCUUGUUGUGUGCGGAGGCGAGUCUGGAUACCGGUAUCGAGGCAGCAGAUACUAUAGGACUCUCCCAUGACAAGGUCUUUGUGUUUGACAAUGGCUACGCAACUUUCGACAAUACUGGCAAGAAACGCGGGGAUGUGAGGCAUUGGAGCAAGUUGCUUGCAAGCUCCGCAGAGAGCCGCGAUUUUGCUUGGGAAGAGUUGAGCUCCAAGGAAGAGCUGGAUCGCACCAUUGGCCUCAAUUACUCGUCAGGAACGACAGGUGUACCGAAAGGCGUCAUGAUAACCCACAGCAACUAUGUCAGCAACAACGAGGGUGUAGUUCGUGUUGCAAAGACUUUGCCAGAAUAUGAAGAGGCCAAGAAGACGGCGAGAUGGCUUUGCAUGCUCCCAAUGUAUCAUGCCUAUGGUCAAACAUACUACUGUGUAGGGACAAUUGCUCGUUCGAUCCCGACCUAUAUUAUGCAAAAGUUCGACUUUCUCAAGAUGCUAAGUUAUGUGGAGAAAUACAAGGUCACCGAUCUCACGAUGGUGCCGCCGAUUGCGGUGGCAAUGGCCAAGCAUCCUGCCUCCAGACAACAUGACUUGAGCUCCGUAAGAUAUAUCGGAUCCGGUGCGGCGCCUCUCGGAAGCGAAGUUUCGAAGGAAGUUGAGCAACUGUGGCCACAGGGCAAGACCUCAAAUUCGAAUGCAGUAGGAGAGCUAAAUCCCAACGUCGAAGGCAUGAUUGUAGACGUAGCGUCGGGAUCCGAAGUACAAAGAGGACAGCGAGGUGAACUUUGGGUACGAGGGCCUACUGUGAUGAAAGGCUAUUGGAACAAGCCGGAUGCCACUAGAGAUACUCUCACAGAAGAUGGUUGGUUGAAGACUGGUGAUGUGGCCUACCUUGACGAAGAAGGCCAUCUCUUCAUCGUAGACCGCAUCAAGGAAUUGAUCAAGGUUAAAGGUAAUCAGGUUGCACCUGCCGAGUUAGAGGCACUGCUUCUCGAGCAUCCAGCCAUUGCAGAUGCUGGCGUGGUAGGGGUAACAAUAAAGGGCGAAGAGCUCCCACGAGCCUAUCUCGUACGACGCGCAGACCAAAACGUCGAGGCCCAGGACAUUCAAGAAUUUAUGAACAGCAAAGUCGCAAGACACAAACGUCUGGCUGGUGGUGUUGUGUUCAUGGAGGCGAUUCCAAAGAACCCUGUAAGCAAGAUCUUGCGCAAGAUUCUGCGUGACCAGGCAAAGGCUGAAGUGGGAGACUCGGAGGCCAGAGCAGCGCGUCUAUAA